AUGGCCAAACCGACGCGUUUCGCGUCCAAUGCGGAGCCGCCGCUUCUUAUCUACCAGGACGACUUCUUCGAGCAGACAGCAAACACGAUCAGCCGCGCCCCAAUGCCCUCCGUCAGCAGGCAGUUGUCGCCGCGUAGGGCUCUUCAGAGCUCCAGCGGGAACGUGAACGGCGCGUUCAACCCAUCCCACGGGCUUGGAAAACAGAUGUCGCCCUUCAAGGCUAGCGGGCGCGCGACCACUUCACCCCUCACACCGCUCAAGGGACACGCCACCAACAGCAGGAUGAACGCUGUCGCGCUGCAGCCCCCAGCUGGAAACGGACUCUCGACAGACUCGAUGCAGAAGAAACAACCGAUGAUGUCGCGAUUCAAGACCGUAUUCCAGAAGCCGGUGAUGGACGAGAGCAUGGGUUAUGGGAAAGAGAACGCGCACCCUACACUGUACCCGGCGCCGCCCGCAACUUUCAGUCUGAACUUGGAGAGCUAUUACCAGAAACCACCCACAAAGCGCGCAUUGCUAGAGGCCGCACCUAUUAAAGACUCGCGACCAACGAAGAUGGCGCGAUUAGACGCCGAGCCGGAUGAGACAGAGAUCGUGCUUCCGCCGCACGACUCCUUCCCGGCCAUAGUGGAUGACGGCCAGAAGCCUGCCCACAGCUACGCGGUGCUCAUUGCCAUGGCCAUACUGAGAUCCCCUCAACGUCGAUUAACCCUGUCACAAAUCUACAAGUGGAUAUCAGACUCAUAUUCAUUCUACGCUGUCAGCGAGGCCUCUGGCUGGCAGAAUAGUAUUCGACACAACCUCAGUCUCAACAAGGCUUUUAUCAAGCAGGAGCGGCCAAAGGGGGACACCGGAAAGGGCCACUACUGGGCCAUUGAGCCUGGCAUGGAGGGCCAGUUCAUCAAGGAAAAGCCGACUCGCAAAUCCCAGAACGGCGCCGAGAACAUCUCGAUCAUGUCCAUGUCUACGCGCGUUGAGGUUGCCGUCCCGGACGCAACCAUCUUUCAAGAUGGCCUCCCUUCCUUACCAACGCCAAUACUGCCUGCCCAACCCAUGAUGUACCCCCAAUCCGCAGCUCCUAUCAUGGCCCCCGCCCCGGCCCCGGCUGCCCAAGAGGUUUCAUCCGACGCCACCAUUCCUCUGUCUGAUAGCAUUACACCUGAAGACCAGGGCGGCAGAGUUGAGCCCGACAGUGCUGCUGAUGGCCACCCUUACUCUCCUGCGAUGCACUCAUCGCCUCCGAUUCCCCGCCACGUGAAUCGAAGCAACACGCCACCUCCUGUGUCGCGGGCUCCAGCUUCGUCAGGUGCUCGCACGCACAAGCGUAAGUUCGCUUCCAUGGAUGACAGCGGGUAUAUCUCCUCUCUGGAGUCAUCCGCAAUGCGUCCUCAGGGCUCUCGCAACCUCACAUCUGAGACCGACCGCCCCCGCAUCAAGCGUGGGCGAGCCGAAGAGGAGAUUGCUCGCCUAAGGGCCUCCUCGUACGACAGCCCUACCAAAGUCCGCUCGUAUGGCCUCGUUCCACCUUCCUCCUCUCCAUUCCGCCAUGCGCAUGAUUCUAACCAGAUGCCUCCGCCCUUGACCCCGGCUCUGAGAAAGCGUGCACCAAUACUGAAGCCACCUCCGUCGGUUUCGCCAAACACAAACUUGCGGUUGCACCGAGAUGAGAUGAAGCGCAUGUUGGAUUCCCCUCUCCGCCGGGCUAGUAAUCUCGGAGACGACAUGCCUUUCAGCCCCAACUUCAACCUCGACCACACGUUGUAUUUCAACGAGUUCGUUCAGGACGGUACCGAUUUUGAUAUUUUCCAGGAUGGCGUAUUGGAUACCUCGUUCUUCAACUUGGCCGAUAAUGGCUCGCCCAUGAAGCGCUCCGCCAAGAGAGUGCGCCUGGACCGUACCCAUUCUGCCAGUGCUCUAGCCGACCUCACGAACUCUGUUUCUAGCAAGUCGAUCACGUCAGCACCGUUCCUAAAGGUUCCGGAUACCUUCCCAAUGCCCUACGAGACCCCGAGCAAGGUCUUUGAGGGCAUGUCGUCCCCCAGCAAAUUCUUCCAGCAGUCGCCGAUUGCAGCAAAAUCGGCCUCUCCCUUGAAAGACAGUUCUUGGACCGGCUCGCUCCUGGAUUUCGGCAUCGCCGGCUUCUUCGAGGAGGAAAAUGACGAAAACGCCGGUCUGGACAUACUCAAAGGCUUUGAGAAGAUUGGCAGCACCAAGGCAGCUAACGGGCCCGCGAAGGCCUCGAAACCUGCUCUGGGCAGAAGUCACACCUCAAUCUUUUAG